AUGCAGUCGCUAUUUCCAGAGCCCAGAAAUGAAGAGAGAAGGAGCGGGCAACGUGACUGGAUCGCUCGCAGAGCACGGCCCACGCCUGAGCAUGUAGAGCUCUUCAAACUUCUUUUCACCUCUACUCUGACCGCCACCGUCUUUAUUCCCUUCGCAGGCGAUGAGAUGAGCCGAAACCAGGUGAUUGCGCGAGCUGAGGCAGCUCAGUGUCGCCCCAUCGCAACCCCUAUUGACAUCUCGUUGGGAUUCUUUGUCUCAGCAUCAUGUGUCGAGGGGCAUGAGCUCAAGGGCGCGUACUCGGUAGUCUUCAGGCAGAUGUCACCUGGCACAAGCGACCAUGGCGAGGUUUUCAAGAUGGGUUGGAACCAGCCUUUCGUCACAGACGAACACGCUGCGAACAGUCUGGCGAUUUCUCAGGCGGUUAGGAUUGCGGGCCAGACAUUGCGUGCUAUCCCAGUCGGCCCCCAUGGAAGGGCCCCGGGAAAGGUUACCGUGAAUGUCUUUACCCCCAGCAACCAAGCCCUUCGCGAUAUCAUCAACCCGGUUGAAACUGCACCUGAGGACCCGCGCCGAGCCGUACGCGCCAGAAUCUCUUCACUUGUCCUUGAAGAAGUACAAAAGCUCUCCGAUAUUCCGGGAAUGAGGGUCGAACUGGUUCUCUACUGGGUCCCAGCCAAAUCUGGCGUCACGAGCCAAAAGGAAGCGGGCAAGAUUGCCAUGAAAUGCCGCAAAUACGGCAAAAACAUGAUCUUCGUCAACGAUGAAGAGAGGCCCAUUGCGGAGUUGCCGAAGUCGGUCUCACCACUCAUCGCAGACGUCCUGAUCCGAGAGCGCCUCCGGGUCAACAGAGAAAGGAGGGCCAACGGAAUGGCAAGUUCGGCAACCACGACCCUCCGGAAAGCAGCUCGCGCAACCGCCGAGCCUGCCAUGAACCAAGACGGCCCCGUCCUGUCCCCUGCUGAGACUCCGAAGACCCAACUUCAAGAGCCUCACCCAGAUCAUUCUGAGCCCCGCGACCCCUCCCCGGCGCCCGACGGCCAAGACCUCACAACAGAGGGAAAAGAGCAGGCCGACGAAGGCUGCCUUGACCCGCUGGAGGAGCAGGCUCUCGUCGAUCGACAGCUCUUAAUCGAGACUCAUGCGCAUAAUAUUCGUUACUGCAGGGAGAGGGCCCUUCCAGGUCGCAGCACUUACAGGACCCAGCAGCUUUGGGAGAAUGCUGCCGAGUCUUUUUGCUUUGAGCUGGAGAAGUUGGUCCCGGACCAUCCGUUGACUCGUGUUCCGCGCCGUUCUUUGCUCGAUUUUAUCUUCUCUUCACCAUGA